AACCGGGUAUCCCUCUGCGCCUGCAGCCUACGCCUGUGCCGGCUCGUCGUUCUUUCCACAGGCCGUAUUGCCGGAAUCCAUUUUCCUCUAUCGACCAGCACCGCGGCACGAGGAGAAAAACUGAUAAACAGGCUCGGAAAACGCCGUCAAUUACGUCCACUACGAAAAUAUGGCAGCAAAUUUAUUCACCAGGCUUGGCCAGGCCGGCCUUGCAGUGGCUCUUGCUGGCGGUGUAGUUAAUUCUGCCCUUUAUAAUGUUGACGGAGGGUACAGAGCGGUGAUAUUCGAUAGAUUUUCUGGUGUAAAGAACACAGUAGUGGGUGAAGGGACGCAUUUUUACAUUCCUUGGGUUCAGAGGCCUAUCAUGUACGACAUUAGAUCAUGCCCGAGAAACGUCCCAGUCAUUACAGGAAGUAAAGAUUUGCAAAAUGUGAAUAUCACGUUGCGUAUAUUGUUCAGACCGAUACCAGAAUCUCUGCCGAAAAUUUAUACUGUUCUUGGAGUUGAUUAUGCCGAACGAGUACUGCCGUCAAUUACCACUGAAGUGUUGAAGGCCGUGGUAGCACAAUUUGACGCCGGAGAAUUAAUCACUCAACGUGAAAUGGUAUCUCAGAAAGUUAACGAAGAUUUAACAGAACGUGCCGGUCAGUUCGGAGUAAUUCUGGACGACAUUUCAAUUACACACUUGACAUUCGGCAAAGAGUUCACGCAAGCUGUUGAGUUGAAGCAGGUCGCCCAGCAGGACGCGGAGAAGGCGCGUUUCGUCGUAGAAAAAGCCGAACAACAGAAGAAGGCAGCGGUCAUAAGUGCGGAAGGUGACGCUCAGGCCGCAAUUCUGCUCGCCAAAGCGUUUGCCGAAGCUGGAGAUGGUCUGGUUGAGCUUAGGAGAAUCGAAGCUGCCGAAGACAUUGCGUACCAGCUGUCACGUUCUCGUCAAGUCUCAUACCUUCCCGCUGGUCAAAAUAUCCUCCUCAACCUCCCCCAGUAAUGCAAUAAAUAAAACUGUACAUAGACUUGAGAAAAUCGUUCUCUUCUAACACAUUCUCACGACAAACUGACAUCAUCACAAUAGAGAAUAUCACACGUACAUAAAUCAUUUAUCGUACAACACUAACCAUUGCGAAUACAAGGGAUAACGACGACUUUAAUUGUAUCGAGUACCUACACGUAAUACACUGUUCAGUGCUAUUCUUUCGUUUAUUGGUCCGGAUAUCGCGCAGCUACUGCACACUGAGCAUAACCGAUUAAUUUUGCUAUAAGUGUUUCCAUAAUUUGUGUUUUAAUAUACGAGGUAGCGAUCCUAGCUAAGCUAUUUAGCGAUUUCGUAUAGUAUUUUGGUGAUUUCACGUAAUGGGAAGAGCAUUUUCCUUGGAUCUCGGCAAGCCUUUGAUUAAAUUGAGAUGUUCUGCUGCAACUAUAAUUUCCCUCACUGCGGUGUAAACCGAUUCUCUUCCAUUCGCACACAGAAUCACUGUAAAAGUACGCAAUCGGAAGAAUCUUGGAAUUGUUUCAAUGGGUCACCGAAGAGUGAUAAUUCCGAAGAAAUUUUAGCAAGCAAUAUUUGUUUAAAAUUACUUAUCAAACCCGUAGCGAGAAAAUAUUUCUCUUUUUCAAUAAUUUGAGGCAACCUGAGAUAUAAUUCAGGCUGACUACCCUACGUGAGUUACGAAUACAAUAUAUAAUAAAUUGACCGAAAUAGUCUAGCUGCCUUCUCUCGCCAAGUAAAAAAUUCACAGCACCGUAACCCUUGAAAAGUAUUUCGAAUGGUCAAAUUGUUUUUUUUUUUUACUAACAUACUGAGUUUAUUUAUAACUCCAGAUGCAAUUUAUGCGUUGUACAUGUGAUAUUAUUCGUUGUUACAAGACACACCUGUUUGCAUUUAAACAAAAGAGUUCAAAAUUAUAAUUGAUUGUGAUGAUUCUAGCCGAAUGUUACAAUUUAAAAUGAUACGAAAUUGUACUGUAAUCAACUGUAGGAACUACUGAGCGAACGAAAACAAAAAAUUGUGCAUCUCAAUUUGAAAUGUAAAUCCCGAUGAUGCAUGUCAUUGUACAAAAUGCUUCGAAUUUCAACGAAAUUUCAGUUUUGUUUACUUGUUAUUUUAUCCUUCUCCCCGCUCGUGUACACAAAAAUUAAACAAAUUCAAAAGUCUAGACUCCAGGAGGUCAUGUGUUACCGUAGCUUAGUCAUGUUAAUAAAAAAGUGGCAUAUUUUACUUUUAUUUGCCAUUUUACAAUUCUAUGUAGUAGAAAUAUUUUAUCAAUUUAAUAGUUUUGUAGAAACACGAA